AUCAGCUCUAUUAUGGGAUUGGAAGCGUGGUUCAUGGACACUUCUGAUGAAGACCAGAGGAAAGACCACAGAAUGGAGCCAAACCAGCCCGCGUCUCUGGAAGAGCUGGGGAAACUGGGAGUGUUUUACAGAAAGUUGGACGCUGACAUCUAUGAAUCAGACCCAAAGCUGGAGGAGAUCCGCAAAGACCAGGGUUACAGCUACAUGGACAUCAUCACUAUUCACAAGGACACACUGCCUAACUACGAGGAAAAGCUGAAGAUAUUCUUUACGGAGCACUUGCACGCGGAUGAUGAGAUCCGCUACGUCCUGGAUGGACAGGGCUACUUUGACAUCAGGGACCAGGAGGACAGAUGGAUCAGAAUCGCCACAAGCAAAGGAGACUUGAUCUCACUACCGGCAGGAAUUUACCACCGAUUCACCCUGGAUGAGACCAACUACAUCAAAGCCAUGAGGCUGUUUGUGGGGGAGCCUGUGUGGAAAGCGGAUAACCGCCCAGCCGACGACAUGGACGCCAGGAUAAAGUACAUCGCCUCUCUGCACUGAGCCGGACAUGAGACGCGUUGACGUGUUUAUUAUUCUCAUCAAUGAUAAAUUUUGGUCUCAAAGCAAAUUAUUUUCAUUUUAAUGAAAAUAAGAACCAUAUGAUUAUGCAUAGUAUUCUGCUGCAAAGGUGAUUGUUUUCUGUCGCGGUAAAUAAACUGAUGGAGGUGAUUUUGGGUUACAUUUCUACCCCAGCAUUUUCCAGAGGGCAUUUACCUGUUGUUUCACUACAGCUGCCGUUUGUUAUUAGCUCCUGCCAACUGUGAGGGAAUUCUUACAGGUUCAAGUCAUCCAUCGUCUACAGAAUAGAAUAGGAGGAUGGAGCAUUUAAGAACAUUACUUCUGCCCUCACUGUGAACUGUCAUUGUGGGUAAGAGGUUCAGUUAGUAUAAUAAGUGAAAACACUUAAAACAAUUAAAAGUUAAAAACCUUACAUCAUUUGGUAAAAUGUGCUGUUAUUUGGUACAAAUAAGUAACUAUAAUAAGUGUAGUUUUAAAUGAAAUACUAAAACUCUAAGUAUCUGUGUAUAUAUUGUACAGUAAUGCAGCAGUUUGAAAACAUUGUUACCCACGUGAUGCAGAAAAAGAUGCUUGGGGUAGAGGAGAACUGGUGUGAUUACUUAUUAUGUCCAGACGAGGGCGCUCAGGCUCCAUUGUUAGCAAAAAAUAUGUACUUGAUUAUACAGGUUCUCACUGAAAAUAAAUAACCUGCUGCUGGUUUCAA